GCCUCUGUGAAGGCUCCAUUCUUCGCAGUCUUUUCUGGGGCGGGUUUCCCUUCUGUGGCGCGGACUGUCUGUCGACUGAGUACCCAGCUGCUUGAGUCUCCGACCGGCCGACUCAGAGCACAUACAUCGGUGCACCAAACACGCGAGUUUUCUGGAAAGGAAGGGUGUCCUUGGAAGAGAAAUGGCGACCGCUGACAAAUCAGUGGAAUCGAAUGGAGAGAUGGAAGACAAAGAAGAUCUACGGAGAGAGAUGGACCUUGAAACCGAUGAGAGCAGCGACGACCCUCUGGACUACGUCGAUGUCUGGGACCACCAGGAUCUUCCCUAUGAGACUUUUCUUGAGAAGUAUUUAUGUGCCCGAAGACCUGUGGUAAUUCGGGGCAUCUCCUCAUCUUGGCCUGCCUCCAGACAAUGGGUGCUUCAUUCCCGGGACAUCCAGAAAGAAGACGUUCCUCAGUCUCAGUCCUCUCAAGCGCCCGCCGCGUCCGGCGUUUGCUUUGCAGAAGCGUUCCCUUCUUCCUCUUUCUCGUCUUUCUCUCAGUCGUCUACUUCUGAGCCCUCUUCUUGCUAUUCUCGCUUGCAAGACGGCCUUCUCCGAGCAGCUCUGGACAGGAGCCGAGCGAAAAGGGGAGGCAGACAACGCGAGAACCUCCAGAGAAGAUCCUCUGCGUUUCAGGCCUCUAAUUCGACACUUCCCCAGGUACCCGCGUGGGAUGCAGAAGAGACAGCAGAGCUCGACUCUUCAGCUCUGUCGCCGUUGACAGAGACCUCGAGCAGCUCCUCACUUUCUUCUCCAUGCACCUGCUGCAGAUGUUCUUCCUUCUUUUUGUCGCCUGCGGAAGCCGCCCAGUUCGGCAGACCUAACCUCGUGAGACUCCACGACGCAUUCUGUGCACAGUUGGGGGCCCACACUAGGGUGGCGUUGAACGAACGAGGAGAGGUGCAUGCACAGCGACGAGAAGACGAAGAAAGCGGCGGGAGCGGAGGCGAAACGGACGAACAAACCGGAGCGGGAGACCCGCAAGUAGUGGACAUACGAGAGGGAGGAGACCGACUAGGCAGGGUCACCACUCGGACAGCGGACAUAGAGCGUUUAGGCAAGUCAGACCGGCGCAAGGGAGAAGACGAAACAAAGGAGGGAGGGAGAGAACUGUACAGGCGCAAAGGAGAACGGAACGGAGAGCGCGGGGAAACUAGGGGGACGGCUGCGACAAGACCUAGAUCUAUUCAAGUCCCCAUUGUGACUUGGGCCUGCACCCAGAACGGCGCAUGCAGUUGCUCACACAGCGUCCGACCGGGAUGCCAGACGGUUGAGGAGGUGUCAGAAGAUUAUACGCGACAUAAGCAAGGCCAUGAAGGAAGCGCAGCAGAGAUUACGUCAUUGGCGACACGGCGCUCUGUCCCCCUCGCUGCUUUCCUACACUACUGGGAGACGAAGCGACAGAAGGAAACCGAGGAGACAGAGAAGGCAGGAGAUGCUGAAGAGCCCUGCGAGAGAAAGUGGGAAAGGAGGAAUUUCCGACAGUGUCAACCACUUUUGGCGUGUUGGAAGUCAGGCACAGACCGAAGGAACAUCUCUCCAGAUUUCGCGCCGCCUGUCUCCCCUUCGGCCUCGAUAGAGAAGACUCCGCGUUCCUCUUGCUCUCCUUGUUCUUCGCGUCCCACUGUUUCACGUGCAGCCGAGUGGUGGCUCUCUCCAGAGGAAAGAGAAAUUGCGACGGAGCUGUCGCGUUCUCCGUCGCCGUGGUAUCUUGCGGACUGGCACUUCGUCGUGGAGGAACAAAAAGCUGAGAGAAAAAACACUGCGGAUGCGAGCCACGAGUUCGCCGGAGACACCGGGACUGCAGUGCCCCAGAGGAGACACUCCAGAGUGGCUGGACAGAGUCCCAAGGAGAGGCGGACGGAAUCUCCCGAAACGCUGGACCCUGAGAUACAGGAGAGGGAGGCUUCAGUGGACCCUCGGAGAGACGCUGCGACCUUCGGUAAAGUGAGGGAAGACAUGGGAGACGCGGAAGCCAGACACCGAGGCAGAGAAGAUAGGAGGCUUCGAAUCGCGUCGCCACCGCGAAAGACAGAAGGGGACGGAGAGUCGCAUCUUUAUUUCGCCUCGCAGUUCUACCACGUUCCCAUGUAUUUUGAAGACGACUGGUUUCUAAAGGCUCCGGUACGAGACCGAGAGGACUACCGCUUCGCCUACCUAGGCCCGCGGGGGACGUGCACACCGUGGCACAGCGAUGUGCUCGGAACGAGCAGUUGGUCGGCGAACGUUUGCGGGGUGAAGCGCUGGGCGUUUGAGAGGACGAAGCGGCACGCAGCAUUUCCAGGUCCACUUCGUUCUUCGCCGUCGCUCUACUCUUCUCCAAAGUCUAAGUCGCCUGUUUCUGCUUCACCAGACGCCACUUCCUCGUCUCCUUCUGGGCCUUCUUCGGCUGCUGCCAGUCUUCCAGACGGCCUGCGAGCCUCGCGGAAAAGCACUCGAACAGCGCCUGCACAGGCCUCGCCAUGCCGGGCCUGUGGGCGCCGGCAUCCACGCCAACAAGAGCGUCGUCCUCUCUCGCGAGACCAGGCUUCAGGAACUGUCUGUGCUUCCGUUCCUGCCCCCAUGUCUUGUUCUUUGCACCCCCAGGAAACGUGUGCAUCCUCUUCGCUUUCGGCGACUCCUUCGCUGGUCCUCUGUCCCCGACCUCUCGACGUUCUGAUGCAGUUCCCCGGAGAGUGUGUCUACGUCCCCUCUCACGUCCACCAUCGUGUCUGCAACGUGACCGACUGCAUGGCUCUCAACCACAACUGGUGCAACGCCGCGAACAUUCUCCAUGUCGCCGAUGCACUUAAGGAGGACCUCAAUGCUGUACGAUCCUUCCUCAUUGAGGAUUUUCCCGAUGCUCGCCUCGUCCUUCUGAGCCUUGCUUCGCCUUCCGCGGAGAUGCCCCAAACAGUUGAUAGUCCUAGACAGGAACAAGAGGGAAGACAAGUUUCGCAGUCUCUGCUUUCGGAUCCCUGUGCAGUGGGUUUGCCUGCUCCGUCUGUCUCGUGUCCGCCGGCUUCGUCUCCGGUCUGCAGUUCUGCUCCCUGUGCUUCUUUAGCUUUUGGCUCGCCCCACUCUGAAAUGCCAUCGGGAGUAGCUACGCUGGAAAGGAAUCUCGUCUGCGAGAUAUGCGGACGCAAGGCGUUCCCAACUUCUCUUGAAGAGAGAGAAAAUGCGAAGAAAGAAGAGCCUGGCGACACGAGCGACUCAGAUGCCAGGUUGAUGGGUGACGGUGGGCUCUCUGGAACCGUCGGUGAAGUGGUCGACGAGUUCGCACUUCACACUGGACACGAAUCGAGAGUCUACCUCGCUGCUCACGAGAAUAGAGGCGAAGGCAAGAGAUCAAAUGCGACUGCGACUGUGAGACAGGAGAGUCCCUCAGAGGCAACAGGCUGCUUGCGUUGCGGAGGCAACACAGAGGGGGGCUGGUCGAGCAUCGCGCCUGAUUCUUGUGUUUGUUUUCCAACCCAUAGGUUUUUGAGACGACGAGACAGGGUAGUGGAGGAGCCAAAGAGCGAGACAAGAGACCAGACGGACAGGGGGAUCAUCCAGCGGAGAGACCGCGCUGAAACGACGUUGAGUCGAGCAACACGUUCAUACGCCGAACUGGUGAUGUGCGAAGAGAGGAUUCUGUCUGCAAACUGUGGAGUCACAUUCUUCGACUUUUUCUUUUUCCUUCUCAAUGUCGCCCGCGCAAUUCUCCUCCCGAGAUUGAAGAGACACAUAAAUCUGCAGAGCAUGCGUGACGUGAGCAGAUCAUCGAGAGAUGCGACGACGGCGGAGGACGAUCCUGGCAGCGACAACGUCCUAGUCCUUUCAGCUACAUGCUCUCACAGGCGGAGUCGACUCGAAAGAAAUGGAGUGGUGGAUUCGUUGCGCCUGCAGUCUGCUUCGAAUGAGGGGGAGUGUGACGCGAGUGAAAAGCUGCCAUCAGAGGAAAGGAGACGCGCAGAGAGCCGCGGAGAUGAAGAGGAGAAUGGGCAGGAGGGAGAAGCAAGAUAUGGAGACGAGGUGACACAGAGAGCUGCGGGAGAGGGGGAAACAGGACUAGCGGGGAUCGGGAGGAAGCAGUCUGAACGAGAGGCGAAACCAAUGACGGAAAGACAGGAGAAAAGGAAUCAGGCUACUGUGGACGAGGAAGCUAUCGCUGCGAAAGCAGAAACGAGCCGAUCCAAAGGAACUGAUAUGCCAACAACGGCGGGCCAGCCGGAAACUGAAAGGGAUGCGAACGCAGUUUUGCAGUGGACCUUCGAUAUUCUUGGGGCGCUCCGGGUGUUGCUUCUUCUUCGAGCUAUGUACCGUGAAGGGUAUGUUGCUUUUCUUACGCGUGCGCAGGUGGAACUGAGAAAAGAAAAUGGAAAGAAACAGUUGAAAGCAUCCAGCGCACAAAUCGAGAGUGGCAAGCUGAAUGAAGUCCCUUGCUGGCUCUGUGGAGAUGAAGGUGACACUUCUCUCUCCAGUGAGGUAGCAAAGGAGCGAGUUGACUUCUUGCUUCGCGCUUCGCGUUCAGUUCGACACUCAGGGUCGUCAGACGAAAUGCGAGCAGAGUGGGAAGACGGAGAAAAGGAAUCAGAAAGCGAGGAAGGCGAGACAACGCAUGACAAAUUUCUCGCUAUCGAAGACUACCACUUGACAUUGCAGGAGUUACUUGCAGCUGUCCUCAGUCUCAAUCAGGUGCUUCACGCGAGGCAGGAUGGCUCUAGAGACAGGACAGUCCAGUGUCUUCGCAGGUUGAUUCUGGAAGACACAGAGAGCGUGCCAUCUGCGUUUGAACAGCGUGAGGAAGAACACGCUGGGAGGGGAGGUGAACCAAGCUGCCGCCUACAGAAUAUGGCAAAGGAAAGUCGAGAAAUCAUGUGUAAAAGUGGGAACGGAAACGAGGCGGAAAGAAGGGACGUGAGAUUAGUAAACAAGGUAGACCUGGACGUGAGUCCAGUUCAGCUACAAAUCUCUGAAUCCAUGCAGAAGCUUCGGCAUCAAUGCUGUCAAGCUCCUUAUAGUGCCUGUUCGUUCUCUGAGGGUCUUUUACCCUGUUUGAGCUCUCUGGGUACGCACGAAGUCACGACAGAACUGUUGUGGGAGCAGACAAGGAAACAAAUGCAGUAUACGGAGCAAUGGGUGAUCAGUUCUCCACGUCCGUGAAACAACAGUCAAAGCAGCGAGUCAGCCCUUUUCAUUUUUCCGUACGCGCCACCCUGCAGCGAGCAUGGGAGUAUCUGGAGAGAAGAAAGUUAGUCGUGAAUCCGGAGAAUGUGAUCGCUGCACAGGCAAAACUGGUUUCUGGUGCAAAUAGAAUUCACGGAGUUGUCUCUCGUGGCCCACCUCAGGCCUGCUAGGGAGGCAGCGGGAAUGUCAAUCGUAUGCCAUGUUUCGUCUGUAUCAAAGAGAAGAAUCGA